AGAAGAGUGUAUCCAACUGCUCUUUCGGUCCAUCAGGGAAUCAAAGCGGUCCUGGCGGAGAGCUACGAGCGCAUUCACCGCAGUAACCUGGUCGGCAUGGGGGUGAUCCCCCUGGAGUACCUGCCAGGGGAGAACGCAGAGGCCCUGGGUCUCACGGGGCGGGAGCGAUACACUAUCAUCAUUCCAGAAAGCCUGAAACCACGAAUGAAAGUCCAGGUCAAGCUGGACGGCGGGAAGACCUUCCAGGCUGUCAUGAGGUUUGACACCGACGUGGAGCUCACUUACUUCCACAACGGGGGCAUCCUCAACUACAUGAUCCGCAAGAUGGCCAAGGAGACCCUCGGUUCCUAGGAGACCCGUACUCCAAGCACCAGGAGGAAGCAGCGCCCCAGCCCGCGGAGCCCCUGGAGGAGAAGGCGCCACCCCACCUCCAAGGGCGGAGCAGUGGGCACUGGGGUUUGCUGCCGUUCAUCCAGGCACCCAAUCAGAAGUGUCUGUGUCCUCUCUUGUGGCUCAUCUCUUUCUCUCUUCUAGACUCUCCCGGGUUAGGGUGGUAGAAAGGACGGCGCGGCCAGGAAGCGAGAAUGGAGCUGGUGGGUGAGGUUAACUGCUCACCGGAUGUUGACUUCUCACCCCAGGCCUUGACUGUCCUGUUGAAGGACACACACCUUCUCAGACGCUGCUGUUCUGCCCGCCCUCUGCUCAGUGACACCUGACCCUCGCAGGUCAUUUUUCUCUGCACAUCGCCCCAGUGUUAACUGACCUGGCUACACAAGAGCCUCUUCACCCUUCAGAUCAGAGCAGUGAUUGUGAUUUUUGCACCCUCCCCCGCCGCCCCAUCACGUGAGUGAUCGGAACACCACGUGGGCCGGACCACCAGCAUUGCCGAUUUUUGAUCCUAUACCUUUUGAUAAAUCAGCAUCACAAAUGCGAAGUGUUCUGUAAAAGAAACCUUCAGAAACGUUUCUUCAGGAGAUUUUUCAUUUUUCCAGAGAAGCCCCUGUGUCGGCUCGCGGUCUGGGAGGGAGACACGGAACCUUUCUAGAUUUGAAUAAAAUAAUUAAAUCUAUUUUCAAGGAAAA